AUGGUCCGCGCACCUCCCAACCCCCAGUACGUCGCCGUAUACGACCUGCCCGAACGACCCGAACCCGCACGCUCGAACCCACCGCCCGCGUUGUCAACCCCUUCUCAACCCAGACUUGCGACAGCCUCCGCCUCAUCUGCAGCCACCGGUCACAACGCUGCUGUUGGUUCCGCACAUGUUGACAAGCGCCGUCGGACCAGUGGUCCCGCGGCGACUCCGUCUGGCAUCGGUGCAUCUGCCACGCCGCCAGCGACGUCACCCGGGGGAACUCCAAGGAACGCGGGUGGGACCUUGUGGCGUGGCGCGAGCUACUCGCCCUUGCCCGAGCGCGUUGCUGAAGCUAAGGUCCCCGGCAUUUAUUCCAACCUGAUGACAUUCUUGGGCGGGGGCCGCGCUUGCAUUGGCUUCAAGUUCUCACAACUCGAGAUGAAGGUUAUCCUGUGUCUGCUGCUCUCGAAGUUCACCCUCACGCCGUCCGAUAAGGAGAUUCACUGGAACCUGUCCGGUGUUCGUUUCCCGACGGUUGACGGCAACUCGAAGCCUUCUAUGCCUAUGAAUGUGGCAUUAUACAAGGGCUCCGUGCAUGCCUAGACAGUGGCUACGUCAGAGGAACAAAGAAGAGAUAUACUAGUCGUCACCAAAUUCUUCAUUGCUAGCUUGGGCGUGCGUACCUCUAAACGUGGCAAACCAUGAAAUACCCAAUGUCG